AUGAAUCCAUUAAUUAUCAUCUUUAUUUUGUGUAUCCUUGUAUCAUCUGUUUUUGCCAAUAUGUCUUGCGACAACCAAUAUGUCUUUGUCAACGACACCAACUCAUUGUCAUCAUCAUCUUUCUCAUUGUUCGACCAUGUUGAACAACAAUCAACUAUCCUCCAAAAUAAAAAUAUUUCUUUGAAAAUGAUAAUGCAGCAAUCAUCCGUUUCAUUGUCAUCUUUUAAUCAUUUCGAACAUCCAAUCAUUCUUAACAAAAACAAAAACAACAAAAACAACAACAACAAUAAUAUCCAUUCAUCUAUUUCACAAACCAAUUUGAUUCAAAUCAUAUUGUUUCUCAAUUUACCAUUAAAUCACUCAACCAACAACCAUAUUAUUUUCUAUGACGAGGAAGAGGAAGAGUAUGUUCAAUUGAACAGCAAUACCAGCAACAACACAAUCUCAUGUUUCAACCAUGUUGAACAUCAAUUAAUUUCCAUCAACUCUCCAUUACCAAUUAGCAGUUUUCCAUCGUUUUCACACAAUAUUCACUUUAGCUCAAGCCAUGUUUUGUAUAUCUCAAAUCAUUCAACAACCAAAAACCAUAUUAUUUUAGAGGAGGAGGAGGACUUCAACAGCAGUCCAAUUUCAAUCUCGUGUUUCAAUGUUAACCAUCAAUCAAAUCUCAUCUUAGAGGAGGAGGAGUCUGUUCAAUUGAACAGCAGCAAUACAAUCUCAUUUUCGAAUUUCAACCAAUCAAUUCCCAUUGAUAAUAAUAAUUAUAAUAAUAAUCAAAAUAAUAAUAAUAUUUUAUUCUUCAAUGUCCAUCAAUCAUCGAUUCCAUGUUUUAAAUCUAGUGAUAUUUUAACUCAUAAUCAAUCACCACAAUUAAUAUUAAACCAUUCAACAACCAACAACCACAUUCUUUUAGACAAGGAGGAGGAGUUUGUUCAUUUGAACAGCGGUCCAAUUUCAAUCUCAUGUUUCAAUGUUAACCAUCAAUCAAAUCUCACCAAUAAUCAUAGUUCAUUUUCAUUUCCCUUAGAGGAGGAAGAGGAGUCUGUUCAAUUGAACAGCAGCAAUACAAUCUCGUUUUCAUAUUUCAACCAAUCAAUUCCCAUUGAUAAUGAUAAUAAUAUUUUAUUCUUCAAUGACCAUCAAUCAUCGAUUCCAUGUUUUAAAUCUAGUGAUAUUUUAACUCAUUCAACAACUGACAACCACAUUCUUUUAGAGUUUGUUCAAUUGAACAACAGCACACAUUCAUUAACAUGUUUAGACCAUGUUAAACAUCAAUCAAUUCCAAUUAAUAAUCAAUCAAAUAAUAAUAACUAUUUUUCAUUAAUUCAUUCAUCAUUAUUAUUGAUUUCACCUAUUCCAUUUUCAUCUGAUUAUUUUAACUCUUCAAACAAAUCCACAUCAUCAUCAACAUUAUAUAUAUUAUCAAAUACAAUCAAUUCAACAAGAUCAAAGACAAUCCCAUUUUCAAAAUACUCCAGCAACAUCUCAAAUACCAAAGUUGCCAACAAUUAUUUUGAUUCUCUCAACUGUUUCGGAACCAAUCAUUCAAAUCAUACAGCAAUACAACAACAACAACAAUCAUCAUCACCAAUCAAUCAUGAUGCCAUCCUCACCACGGUCCACAUUCACAAUUCAACUCACAAUCCACAUUCACAAAUGAUUCCACCAUCUUCAAAUAAUAAUAAUAAUACCAAUGUAUCAGACUCACUUAUUCACUCAUUAUACAUUAAUAUUUUAACUCAUUGCCAAUCAAACAAUCUGACAAUCCUCACCAAUCCAUCCACCCUCCACAUUCAUCUCCAAUCGACCCACAAUCCUCAAACCAUUGAACAAUCUUCAAAUAAUAAUAAUAAUAAUAACAAAAAUACAAAUAAAAACAACACAAGACCAACAAUUAAUAAUAAUAAUAUUAACAAUAACAUCACAACAACAAAUAAUAAUAACAAUAAUAACAACAACAAUUCCUCUUCCAUAGACAAACAACCCCCUCAUUGUUCACCAACCAAUAAUGAUCGUAAUAAUAUUGCCAUCUUUGCCAAUCACUUCAAUCCACAGUCAUUAAAUAAUACAAAUAACAACAAUAACAACAAUAACAACAAUAAUAACAACAAUAAUUCAUUGUCAUCAUCAUUCUCAUGCUUCAACCAUGUUUCAUUCAUCUCAACCAGCAAUCAAACAAAAAAUAUUAAUAAUAAUAACAACAACAACAAUAAUAAUAACAAUAACAAAAAUACAAAAACAAAUAACAACAUCAAUAACACAAGAACAACAAAAAAUAAUAAUAAUAUUACAAUCUUUGCCGAUCACUUCAACCCACAAUCAAUCACAAAUCACUCAACAAUUUGUACAUUACUCUUUCAAUCAUUCUCUUCAACUCUUUUGAUAUUCAAUUACUUUUACCCAAGUGGUUUCCCUCUCUUCCUACUCUUUUCUUUUUAUACAUUUUCCGUUGCCUCGUCCGUGUCCAGUCCAUCAUCAUCCAUCCAUGUUCCACGUUUCCCUAGGCUUUUAUACCCAAAAAAGAUAUUCAAUUACUUUUACCCAAGUGGUUUCCUUUACAAAAAGAUAAUCAAUUACUUUUACCCAGAGGGUUUCCCAGGUUCGCCCCCGUGUGUGCAUCCAAAGAUGGUUUAUGGGUUUCUCCAUCCUCCACCAACCAUUCAUCGUGGUCAUCCUCCACCUUCCACUAUCCAUUCAUUGAUAAUCAAUCGGGCAUCGCCAGCAGCCAUCAUCCGUUGUCCAUUGCCUCUCCAGUCAUCAUUGCCGAUGAUCAACUAUCAUCCACCGGUGGAAGACCAACGAUGUAAUAUGCAAUAUCCGCCAAUGAAUGAUUAA